ACUCAGAAGAUGAAUCUCUUCCAAUCCAUAACAAGUGCCUUGGACAAUGCUUUAGCCAAAGAUCCGACUGCAGUAAUAUUUGGUGAAGAUGUGGCCUUUGGUGGAGUCUUCAGGUGUACAGUUGGCUUGCGAGACAAAUAUGGUAAAGACAGAGUUUUCAACACCCCCUUGUGUGAACAAGGAAUUGUUGGCUUUGGUAUUGGAGUUGCUGUUGCAGGUGCUACAGCCAUUGCAGAAAUUCAGUUUGCAGAUUACAUUUUUCCAGCAUUUGAUCAGAUUGUUAACGAAGCGGCAAAAUAUCGUUAUCGCUCUGGAGAUCUGUUUAAUUGUGGAAACCUCACCAUCAGAGCCCCCUGGGGCUGUGUGGGUCAUGGUGCACUAUAUCACUCUCAAAGUCCAGAAGCUUUUUUUGCUCACUGUCCAGGAAUAAAGAUUGUUAUUCCAAGGAGUCCUCUUCAGGCCAAAGGACUGCUGCUGUCAUGCAUAGAGGACAAAAAUCCAUGCAUAUUCUUUGAACCUAAAAUACUUUACAGAGCUGCAGUGGAACAAGUUCCUGUGGAGCCCUACAACAUUCCACUAUCUCAAGCUGAGGUGCUGCAGACGGGCAGUGAUGUGACACUGGUUGCUUGGGGCACUCAGGUACAUGUGAUCAAAGAGGUGGCAGCAAUGGCUCAAGAAAAGCUUGGUGUGUCCUGUGAAGUUAUUGAUCUGAGGACCAUCUUACCCUGGGAUUCAGAGACCAUUUGCAAGUCGGUGGUGAAGACUGGGCGAUUGCUGAUUAGCCACGAGGCUCCCUUGACAGGAGGAUUUGCGUCUGAAAUCAGUUCCACAGUUCAG